AUGGCCUUCACGGGCCUUGCCGCUGCACCUCCUUUGGCAAUCAUCCCUAAAGUACCUGUCACCUAUCAGGGCAUUCAUCGCAAUGGGGUAGAGGCCUUCUUGAAUGUUCCGUAUGGGCAAGACACUGGUGAUUAUUGGCGGUUCAAACCUCCUCGACCCCAUAUACCUGUCCCUGGAAGUAUGGUCAAGGCGGACUCAUAUGGCCCUGCUUGUCCCCAGCCUCUGGGAAGCUGGAUGGUGCCCUUGUCCUUGACAAAUAUUACCGCUAUUUCAGAAGAUUGUUUAAACUUGAACAUUGUUCGGCCACGAGCGACAGAGGCCAAUGCUUCUCUGCCUGUCAUGGUAUAUAUCCAUGGCGGCAGCUUCUGGGCUGGCUCCAAUAGCGAGAUUACAACUUCUCCAGAUGGCCUGGUUCUCGAAUCGGUCAAGAACAAGCUUCCAGUCAUUCAUGUCAGCAUGAACUACCGCCUUGGGGUCUUUGGAUUCGCGCAGACCUCAGCACUCAGGGAGACUGGCUCUGAAAACGCCGGCUUGAGAGACCAACGCCUAGCCAUGGAAUGGGUUCGAGAAAAUAUCGCAUAUUUUGGUGGAAACCCUGAGAAAGUCACCAUCUUUGGGCAGUCUUCUGGAGGUCUUUCGGUGGGCGCUCACAUCUUAUCCUACGGCGGCACGAAACCUGUUCCCUUCCAACAAGCCAUCUGCCAGAGCCAGGCAAUGGAGCCCGGAAUCACAGCUAAUUACACAUUGAAUGCCACAAAGGCCGUCGUCGACUUUCUUGGGUGUAAUACAACGGAUUUACACUCGGUCGAAACCCUUUCAUGUCUUCGAGAUCACGAAAUGCAAGCUGUACUUGAUGCUUCGAUCGCAACCCAUCGACCAGAUGUUAAUAUUGGCCAUAAUUGGCUUCCAGUAGUAGAUGGGGACUACUUACCGGAUUAUCCUUCAACGCUUAUUCACAAAAAGCAAUUUGCUCGAGAUCUCGUCAUCAUGAUGGGCUGGUGCCGCGACGAUGUUACGCUUUUUACCAACACGAACAUCUCCACCGCCAAUGAUACUCGAGACUUUAUCGCUGAUUAUCUACCCGGUUUAUCAGACGAUCAUCUGCAGACUCUUCUUGAGCUUUAUUCCGUGAAGAAUUUUCAUGCAAACAAUAACCUUUCGGGAGAAUUUUAUCGCGCUGCCAGGAUAUUUCGAGAUAUCAUCAUGACAUGCCAGCCAUAUUACUUUGCCAACUUUCUCAAAUUUAAUAGAAAUCAGAUCUAUUUGUACGAAUGGAAUCAGACUAUUUUGGAUCCCAUCCUGGAGCAUCUCGGCCACCCAGCCGGCCUGGGCCCCGUCCACACGUCCGAGUUCGCCUACAUCUUUGGAAACCUCUCCCACUACAACGUCAGUGGGCUGCCAUUUAAUCCAUCACCUGCUGACCACGAGCUCCAAGUCAGAGCUUCAAGGUCCUGGUCGACUUUUGCCAGCGUCGGGAGACCAGGUCUGCCGUACUAUGACACUUUUCAGGGGUGGGCUCCGGCCUUUGAGCGGGAAGGACAGGUCAAGGUAUUUAUUGCUGGAGGACCAAAUGAGGGUACUUCAUACAUAGAAGGGCCACAAGCCAAUCCAGUGUUUGCAGGGGAGAGGUUGAGACAGCGAUGCGAGUAUUGGGAUAAUAGCGUAGUCAAGGAGCUUCAAUGGUAG